AUGGCCUCCCUGUACAAAAUCCCGUUCGUCCUUGUGGCAGCAUACACUACCGGCGUGGCCCUGACAGCGCCUGUGCCAAAACCGAAGGAGGGGGAGAUCCAUAAGGAGGUCCCACGGAGGGAGAAGAUAUUCGCGCGUAUCGUCAGAUCGGUCACAGCGUCGCUGAAGGUCGUCAUCUGGGGCGGCGCCUUCUGCGAGACCGCCGUCAUCCUUGCGCGGGCGUACCCGUCCCACACGCUCGCGCAGCAGGUCAUCGAGCACCUCGUCUGGGGCCCCGCGUCGUCCAUCAACCGCGUCGGGAUCAGCCCGCUCUUCCUCGCGGGCUGUGGAAUCGCGACGGUCAGCGGGUACCUGCGCAUCCUCUGCUUCCGUGCGCUCGGGCAGCUCUUCACGUACGAGAUCACCAUCCGCGACGGCCACCGGCUUGUCACCAGCGGGCCAUACUCGGUCGUCCGGCACCCGUCGUAUACGACUCUGAUGUUGGGGGUCACCGCCGUCGGCCUGACCCACAUGGCGCCGGGAUCGUGGUUCCGGGAAUGCGGACUUGCGGAGACGACGCUGGGCAAGGCCAUUGCGUGGGGUUACCUCGCAUGGAUGAUGUAUGGCAUGUUCAACUUGACCGCGAGAACGCCACAGGAGGACGCAAUCCUGAAAAAGGAGUUCGGGAAAGAGUGGGAGGAGUAUGCGAGAAGAGUCCCGUACAGGCUGAUCCCUGGCAUUUACUAG